AUGCCAAGACGAAGGGAGCUGCAGGCCGAGGACCUAGCCAGCGCGCUACGGCACCUCGACGAGGAGUUCGAGGCGGGCGAGAGGCUGGCCAACGAACAGACGUGGUGCGCGCCGGUGCCGCGCGAGAGGCAGGUGAGGACGGUGCGGAGGUUCUACCGGGCGUUCCACGACGCAGGCACGCUGCCGAUCGCGACCUGCACGCUAUGCUACCGGAAGCGGGCCAAGGGGGAGCUGAGGGAGACGGCGUGGGAGGGGUGGUCGCGGAGCAGCGUUGCGGGAGGCGGGCGGUCCCCGUUCGGGUGCCAAACCUGCUUCCCGGAGGGCAGGCCGGUGCCGGUCUGCGCAGAGUGCGCGCGAUGGGCCGGGCGCGAGGGGGCGUCGCCGGCCAUGCAUCUCCACGGGCGUCUCGGCUGCGAGCACGCGCACCCCGACGAGCUGAAGGACCUUACGCCGCUCGAGGAGAAGCUCAUCUCGCUCAACUCGUGCUACGGCUUCGUGACGAAGUAUAGCAUCCCUGGCGGCCAUCGGCAGAGCGUAAGGUACCCGAGGCAUGUCAAGGGCCACAUUACCGUGUUCCCAAACGACGUGCAGGGCCUCGCCGCUAACGUGCUGCCACACCCGCUGCUGCGGGUCAUGGACGAGAUCCACGUCUCGUGGCAGGGCGCCGAGAGACCUGGGCCGCGGGACCUAUCUGUCACGACCCUGGGCGCCAGCGUAGAGCCGCCAGCGCAGCACCUCACCAGUUGCCAAUACAUCUUUAUAGCCGUCAAGGCUCGUAUGUGCCUGGCCGUAACACUAUCGAGCCUGCUGUCGGUAAGGCGGUCGGCGGUCGAGAGGGCGCUAGCCUGGCUUAAAGAGAACAAUCCGCUCUACGGCGAGGUCGAGAUCGACACGGCGGAGAUGGCCAGCUGGGGGGCGCCGCCGCACGGGGUGCCGCCGGUGGUGUGCGAGCGGCUAGAGCGAAACGAGCCGUCGGCGCGGGAGAGGACGCGGACGGCGCAGGUAGUGCCACCGUCGGAGCGGGCCAUGGACGAAGGGGGAGCGGCCGAGAUCGAGGAGAUCCUCGCGAUGCUAAGGCAGGGGCGGGACCCCGCCGAGGGGAGCCGCGACGUCGGGGUCACAUGCGAGGACGACUUACACGAUGACAGGGACGGCGCUAGGCCUGAAGAGGACGGGGUCGUAAUCAACGAGGUGACGUCUUCCGGCAUGUUCCCGUUGGACGGGGCGCCGGAUGUGGCAGACGCCGAGAAGAUUUGCUUCGCCCGCGACGCCGUCAGGCCCGAGGGAGCGCGCGCCGGCCCGAGGACGUGGGUAGGGACCGCGGCCCGAGGGGCGGCGGGCGAUGGCGGCGACGGCGAGCCGUACAUACAGGUGCGGCGCGGCGAUGAUUUCGCCGACUCGGCGGACGCCUCGUUCUUCGCAAAGGCCUUUCCGACCCUGUUCCCCUUUGGCUUGGGCGGGCCGAGGCUCGCCGACGAGGACGCCACAGGAGAGAGCGCGUGCCCUAGCGUCGGGAACCAGGGUACGCAGGCGGAGCGGGUCGCGGAGGGCCUUAUGUCGACGCGGAACAUGAAGCUCCAAGCAUGGGCCGACGUCGUGCUGCGGCGCCACGGCGGCCGGUUCGCGACGCACCCUAUCUUCGCCUUCCUCGUCUUUAACAUGGGCGUGCGGUCUAGGAACCGCCAGGCCAGCAUGCUAGGCGUCGCGAGGAAGAACUUCGCAAGGGUCGAGGGCCUGCUAAAGUCGUUAACGGCGCAGAGGCUCGAGGCGGCCAGGGUCGAGCUCGAGGCCACGGGCAAGACUAGCGACGACGGGGUAAAGGAGCUCAUCCGGUCCCUCUCCGUGUUCGGCUACCGGCAGCCGAUGUCGAGGGAGAGCCGGCUUAGUAUGCGGAAGAAGAUACUCUCCCUCAUCAUAAGGCACGGGGUGCCGGCCAUAUGGUUCACGCUGAACCCGAACGACAUCACGAACCUGGUAAAGUUACGGCUGGCGGCGCACCGCGGCCGCGACCCCGACGAGGCCGAGGCCUUCCUAAGAGACCUGGGGACCGCGUAUAAGCGGACGCGGCUGGCCAUAUCGGACCCGAUGAGCUCGGCCAUCUUCUUUCACCGGGAGAUGACGCUCUUCUUCGAGCACUACGUCAACGUCGGGGAGGAGUCGGUGUUCGGGCACGUCGGCGCGUACUACGGGGCGGUCGAGACCAACGAGCGAGGCGCUCUCCACAUCCACGGGCUCCUCUGGCUAAGGGGCAACGCGGGCCUUGGCGAGGCGCUCGGCGGCUCCGAUACGGAGGAGCAGGCGGCGUACCGGGAGCGCAUCGUCCGCUACGUAGAUAGCGUCUUCUCCGAGGAGCUAGACGCAGAAGGUUACUGCGCCGUGCAGGCGGAGCGGUCGGCAACGGCGGACAUAUCGUCGCGGCUCGACGACGUCGCGCGCUUCACGGACACCUUCGACGAGGAGGCCAACUUCUGCGCCGGCGCGACGCAGAUCCACACGCAUAGCGCGACCUGCGUAAAAUACUCGCUCGGCGCGAGGGCGCGGAAGGGGGACCUCUGCCGGUUCAAGGCGCCGUGGAGGCUGGUGGAGAGGACGGCACUGACGGCGGACGGGGUGCUCGAGAUCCGGCGGACGCAUAGCAUGGUGAACCGGUGGAACCGGGCGAUGGCAGUAGGACUACGGCACAACCACGACAUCUCGUUCAUCGCGACGCAGCGCAAGACCAUGGCCCUAAUCUACUACAUUACCAACUAUGCGACGAAGGUAGAGGACCCCGUGUGGAAGCGUGUGGCCGCCGCGGCCGAGUUCCUUCCGCGGGUGGCGACGGCGGCGGACCCCAUAGGGGGGAACAAGACGAGAACGUUCCUGCUCAAGGCGGCGAACCGAGUAUUUACGGAGCGGCCGCUGUCGCAGGUCGAGGUGAUCGCGCACCUCCUAGGGUACCCGGCAGAAUUUAGCAGCGGCUCGGCGUGGGCGUACGUGAACGCGAACCAGCUCUACUGGGCCGUCUUCCGCCGGUGGCGGCACCUCCGACGGGCGAGCGGCGCGGAGGCGACGGGCGACGCGCCGGACGAGACGGCGCUUAGGCGGCCGGGUAGCGGGGCGACCGUAUGCCUCGACGGAUACCUCAGCAAGGAGUUUAGCGAGGGAGACGACGAGUCGUGCCACCGAAGGGCGGCGGUACAGCACCUGGCCCUAUUCGUGCCGUGGGAGUCCUUCCUCGGCGAGGAGGCAGGCGACAUCAACGACAUCUGGGCGCGCGCGCGGGGGUCGCUGGCGCCGAGGGUCGCGCGGCUCGCAGACAAUGUGCAGCUCCUCCGGCGGUCGGCGGAGGACGCGAAGCGCGACGCCAAGCAGUGGGCCGCCACGGCCGAGGAGGGCGGUAUGACGGCGCCGCAGGCCGGCGACGAAGGAAGGGGGGCGGCCGAGGGGGGCGAGGAGGCGUACCGCGCCGGCGGGGCGGGCGACGCGGCGCGGCUCAUCGACGUCGUCCGGAACGCCGCCGGCGCGGGACAAGUCACGGCGCAGUCAACGGAGCUGCUAGCGAUGACGCAGCAGCUCUGCCGGUUCCAGCAGUCGGCGCUCGGGUCGGCGGCCGAGCUCGCGGCGACGGUAGUGGCGGAGGAGAGGGCAGGCAGGCGGGUGAACCUACCGGGCUCGGAGCUCUCGGGGGCGGCGCUGCCACGGCAAGAAGAGGUGCGGGCCAUUAAGUCGCAGCAGAGGAGCGCGGCGCGGGAGCGGGAGCGAGCCAUCCAAGGCAUCCAGGGCGGCGGGGCGGCGGCGGGCGUCGGGGCCGACCGCGGCGCGGCUCUUCGCGGGGUGAUGGGGGGCUUCGGCGAGGACGACAUGGACGUAACGGCGGCCGACGGCGACGUAGACGCUGGCACGGCGGCGGGGAUGCGCGUGCGGCUCGGCCCGUCGAGCUCGUUCGUCGCCGCCGGCAGGGAGCUGGCGGGGCAGCUCACGCUCAACGAGAAGCAGGCCAUCGCCCUCGUAAUCGUGUGUCGGCAGCUCGACCGAAUCCGGCAGGGCGACGAAGCAGGCGGCGACGGCAGCGCUCAGCUCUGCCUGUUCAUCGGCGGCGAGGGCGGCACCGGCAAGUCGCGCGUCAUUGAGGCGCUCGUCGAGCUGCUCGCCCGGAGGGACCUAUCGAGCCGGCUGCUGGUUACGGCGACGUCGGGGACGGCGGCAGCACGGAUCAACGGCAUCACACUACACUCGGCCUGCGGCCUUACGGGCGAGCGCUUCGUCGACGGCCGGUCGCGGAUGGACUGGCAGGAGAAGGAGGUGUUGGUGAUCGACGAGGUCAGCAUGCUCGGGGCGCGGACGCUGCACGCCGCCAACGAGCAGCUGUGCAGGCUGCGGGGGUCGGCGCGAGACUUCGGCGGCAUCCCGGUGGUGAUCUUCUGCGGCGACUUCCACCAGUUCCGGCCGGUGCAGGAGCGGUCGAUCCUGCUGCCGAGCGCGGCGGUGGCGUGGGACGAGGACGGGGCGUUCGCGGCCGAGCAGCGGCGGCAGCACGACAAGGCGCACGCGCUGUGGCGGCGGUUCACGACGGUCGUCAUGCUAGACGAGCAGAUGCGGGCCGCCGGCGACCCGGAGCUGCGGCGGCUGCUCGGGCGCAUCCGCCGGGGGAAGCAGGACCGGUCGGACCUAGAGCCGCUCAACUCGAGGUGCCACCGGCCGGGCAGGCGGAUCCCGUGGGAGACGGGCCUGACGGUGGUCACGCCGCUCAACCGGAACCGCUGGAACCUCAACCUAGAGGCGGCGCUCGCGUUCCGGGCGCGGCGGCGGACGGCGGCGCGCGUCUUCCUGUCCGAGCACAAGUGGAGGGAGGGCCUGCCGACGGAGGAGGAGGCGUUGCUAAUGCUGGGCCAGGGCGACGAUAGCGCGACGCCGGUGCCGGCCGUCUUCGUCUUCGUGCCCGGCAUGCCGGUCGUCGUGAACCAGAACACGCACCAGGGGCUGAAGCUAGUGAACGGCGCCGGGUACACGGCGGUAGACGUCAUCCCCGACCGGGCCUUCCCCGGCCACCGGGUGUCGGCGGAGCUGACGAUGCACUUCGGUCCGCCGGCGGGCAUCGUGCUGGCCUCGGAGACGACCAGGGCUUCCACUUCGUCGGGAUGCCGGCGGGACGAUCCUGCUGACGCCCAUCAGCGUCAAGAUCACGGCGCAGCGGAAGCGGCCGUGGCAGCGCAACGACGUCAGCCGGAGGGCCUGCCGUGCGCGGCGGCCUUCGCCUGCACAGACUACAAGGUGCAGGGCGGGACGCUGGAGCGCGUGGCGCUGGAGCUGCGGGGGGCGAGGAUGACGACGGUCGAGGGGCGGGCGGUGCCGUCGCCGUGCGACCCGUACAGCCUGUACGUGCAGCUGUCGCGGUGCCCGACGCUCGACGGCAUCAUGCUCGUAUCGGAGGUGCGGGAGCGGGACCUGGUGGGGAACCGGGUGCCCGAGGAGAUGACGGCAGCGCAGGCCCGGCUAGAGGAGCUUAGCAGGCAGACAACGCGGGAGGCGGCCGACUGGCUCAGCGGGUAA